AUGCUAAGGGUUGUAAGACACAGUGAUGUCAUCAGGGCGUCACAUGAAGUUGUGAUCCCAGCUGGCCCGGGUUCACUGCAGUGCGCGGCCGAGAUUUGCCAAGGUGACCUUGACAGAAUUGUUUGAUUAGUCAAAGGUCAGAAUCACGCCGUUACAGAAACGAAUUCCUUGGAGAUUCUACAGCCAACCGAUACCCCUGACGGUUUCACACAUUACACAUAUAACUGGCAUAAAAUCAGAAGAGAACAGCGCUACCUCUCGCACCUUAAUGCUGGAGGUGGUUCGUUGAUGACUUGGGGUGACUUCGAAGAAACCGGAGUGCUUCCGUUGGCAUCCGCAUCAAUUCAAAUGAAUAGACAGGAGUAUCAGGAGGUCUUUGGCAAGCAUCUGGUGCCGUAUUGGGAACCAGGCUACACGUUAAUGCAGGACAAUGACCGCAUCCACCUUAGCUGGUCGACAAAGCAGUUCCUUGAAAAGCAAAGAAUUGCUACCCUGGACUUGGCUGCAUGCUCCUUUGACUUAAAUCUGAUGGAUAACGUGUGGGGCAUUCUGGUUCGUGAAUUACACUGCAAGAACAGGCAGUAUUUUACCGUAGCCGAGCUCAAAGAGGCUCUUUUCCAAUUCUGGCGCAAUAUUAGCCAGAAGAGGUUAAAAAAGCUUGCCCAGAGUAUUCCCAGCUAUUUAAUCGACGUUAUUUAA